AUGAUGCUCCUCCGCCUCCUCGUCGCCAUCUUCUUCCACCUCCCCACAGUCCUUUCCUUCCCCCAAAUUCUCACUCAUCCUCACCAUCACAACACGAGCGUGGAAAUCGAUCCUCCUCUACCAACAACCAUCCAUCCCAUCCCUCUCCCAAUCCCUCCAACAACAUCUUUCCCAACACCAACAACAACUUCAGAUCCCUGGAAAGACAUGUGCAAACCCGGCGCCGAAUGCGACUGCACCCGCAUCCCAGAUAAAAACGGCGACGAAUACUUCCAAUGCGUCACCAAUCCCCGCUGCGAUCACUGCUGGAUCAACGUCACCACCAUUCAUCCAACUCCCCCAAUUCCUCCCGCGACGAACCUCUUUAGCACGGAUUAUCGCACGCUUUUGCCGGGGACGUAUACUAGCUCUGAGGACGGCACGGCGCAUGUUGUUGUUGUACAGCCAUCGCAGCGUGUUACGACGAGGUUCGUUACUUUGACGCGGACGAGCUAUGUUACUCUUUCUGUGACGCCUUCGUGCGAUUGUUUCUUUACGCGAUAG